GUUUUAGAUCACGAGCGAAUCUAACUUUUGAGUCUGUAAUCGCUCUACCACCAUGCCUGGCCACGUCAAGAAGAGCACGGGUCCCGAUCCCGAUCCCACCGAAUACCUCUUCAUCUCGCCCGAGCAAAGGCGCAUCGACCAGACGAAACCUUAUGAUCCUAAGAAGUCCUACUGGUGCCCUGAUCCCGAUGAGGGCUUCGUAGAGUGUGAACUUCAAGGUCCAAAGGGCGACAAGCUGGUAACAGUUAAGGUUCCCAGUGGCGAGAUGAAGGACUUCAAGAAGGAGCAGGUCGGACAGGUCAACCCUCCCAAGUACGAGAAGUGUGAGGAUGUGUCCAACUUGACCUUCCUGAACGAUCCCUCCGUCUUCUACGUCCUCAAGUCCCGUUACCAGGCCAAGCUUAUCUACACCUACUCCGGCCUCUUCUGUAUCGCCGUCAACCCAUACAAACGUUACCCCAUCUACACCAACCGUGCCGUCAAGAUCUACAUGGGCAAGAGGCGUAAUGAGGUGCCCCCUCAUCUCUUCGCCAUCUGCGACGGUGCCUACCAGAACAUGAGCCAGGAACGCCAGAAUCAGUCUAUGCUUAUCACCGGCGAGUCUGGUGCUGGUAAGACCGAGAACACAAAGAAGGUGUUGUCUUACUUUGCUAACGUCGGCGCCACCGAAAAGAAAGAGGGCGAGAACAAGCAGAACCUUGAGGACCAGAUCAUCCAGACCAACCCCAUCCUUGAGGCCUACGGUAAUGCUAAGACUACCCGUAAUGACAACUCGUCUCGCUUCGGUAAGUUCAUCCGCGUCCACUUCGCUCCUAACGGCAAGCUCUCUGGCGCUGACAUCGAGGUCUACCUGCUGGAGAAGGCUCGUGUCAUCUCCCAGUCCCCCGCCGAGCGAGGCUACCAUAUCUUCUACCAGCUCAUGUGUGACCAGAUCGAUUAUAUCAAGAAAAUAUGCUUAUUGUCUGACGACAUUUACGACUACCACUACGAGGCGCAGGGUAAAGUUACCGUCCCAUCCAUCGACGACAAGGAGGACAUGCAGUUUACUCAUGAAGCUUUCGAUAUCCUGAACUUCUCCAACGAGGAAAGAGACAACUGCUACAAGAUCACAGCUUCUGUCAUGCACCAUGGCAACAUGAAAUUCAAGCAGAGGGGUCGCGAGGAGCAGGCAGAGCCCGAUGGCACUGAGGCCGGAGAGAUUGUCGCCAAGUUGCUCGGUGUUGACGCCGAGGAGCUCUACAGGAACUUCUGCAAGCCCAAGAUCAAGGUCGGUGCCGAGUUCGUCACCAAGGGCAUGGGCGUCGAUGCUGUCAACUACAACAUCGGUGCCAUGGCCAAGGGCCUCUUCUCACGUGUGUUCUCAUGGCUCGUCAAGAAGUGUAAUAUGACACUUGAGACUGGCCAGACUCGCGCUAUGUUCAUCGGUGUGCUCGACAUUGCCGGCUUUGAAAUCUUUGACUUCAACGGUUUCGAGCAGAUCUGUAUCAACUUCUGUAACGAGAAGCUGCAGCAGUUCUUCAACCAUCACAUGUUCGUGCUGGAACAAGAAGAAUACGCAAAGGAGGGUAUUGUCUGGCAGUUCGUCGACUUCGGUAUGGAUUUGCAGGCCUGCAUUGAACUCUUCGAGAAGAAAAUGGGUCUCCUCUCCAUCCUUGAGGAAGAGUCCAUGUUCCCCAAGGCCACUGACAAGACCUUCGAGGAGAAGCUCAACAACAACCAUCUCGGAAAGUCUCGCUGCUUCAUCAAGCCCAAGCCUCCAAAGCCCGGUCAGCCUGACAACCACUUUGCCAUCGUUCACUACGCUGGUACUGUGUCCUACAACCUGACUGGCUGGCUCGAGAAGAACAAGGAUCCUCUCAACGACACCGUCGUCGACCAGCUCAAGAAGGCCUCCAACGCCCUCACAGUCGAGAUCUUCGCUGACCAUCCCGGCCAGUCUGGUGAUGCGGGCGGCAAAGGUAAAGGUGGCAAGCAACAGACCGGCUUCAAGACUGUAUCAUCCGGCUACAAGGAUCAGCUUGCCAACCUGAUGAAGACACUGAACGCUACUCAUCCUCACUUCAUCCGUUGCAUUGUGCCCAACGAAUUCAAGAAGCCUGGCGCUGUCGAUGCUGGCCUCAUCAUGCAUCAGCUGACCUGUAAUGGUGUACUUGAGGGUAUCCGUAUUUGCCAGAAGGGCUUCCCCAACAGGAUGCCUUAUCCUGACUUUAAGCUUCGAUACAACAUCCUGGCCGCCCAAGAGAUGAUCGAAGCUAAGGACGACAAGAAGGCAGCUGAAGCCUGCUUCCAAAAGGCCGGUCUCGAUCCUGAGUUGUAUCGCUGCGGUAACACCAAGGUGUUUUUCCGUGCCGGUGUCUUGGGUAGGCUUGAAGAAAUCCGUGAAGACCGCGUGGUCAAGCUUCUCACUUGGUUCCAAGCAUGGGUUCGUGGCUACAUCAGCCGCAAGUUCUAUUCCAAGAUGCAGAAGCAGCGCACUGCUCUCCUUGUCGUGCAGCGCAACCUCAGAAAGUUCAAGAUCAUGCGCGCUUGGCUCUGGUAUGAGUUGUGGAUCAAGCUCAAGCCCAGGCUCUGCGCAUCUCGUGCUGAGGACGAGAUCGCAAAGCUGGAAGAAGUUGCCGAGAAGGCUGAAAUUGAGUACGAAAAGGAGGUCAAGGUCCGCGAAGAACUCGAAGUAAAGAAUGCUGCUCUCCUCGAGGAGAGAGCUGAGCUCAUGCUAGCUCUCGAAUCCUCCAAGGGCGGUAUGUCUGAAUACUUGGAAAAACAAGCCAAACUGCAAGCACAGAAGGCCGAACUUGAAGCACAACUUAAUGAAACCUUGGAACGCCUUCGCAAAGAGGAAGAGGCACGCAAUCAAAUCGCCAAUGGCAAGAAGAAAUGCGAACAAGAGGUUGCAAACCUGAAGAAGGACCUUGAGGAACUUGAGCUUCUUGUCCAGAAGGGCGAGCAGGACAAGGUCACCAAGGAAGAGCAGAUUCAUAACCUCAAUGAAGAGAUUGCUCACCAAGAAGAACUCGUUACUAAGGUCAACAAGGAGAAGAAGCAUCUUCAGGAAUGCAAUCAAAAGACGGCCGAGGAUAUCCAGUGUAUUGAAGAUAAGUGCAACCACCUUAGCAAGAUGAAGACUAAGUUGGAGUCCACCCUUGACGAACUCGAGGAUUCUCUUGAGCGUGAGAAGAAGCUUCGCGCUGAAGUUGAGAAGUCGAAGAGGAAGGUUGAGGGUGACCUCAGGCUGACUCAGGAAGCUGUUUCCGAUCUGGAACGUAACUACAAAGAACUCGAAGUGGCAGUCGAACGUAAGGACAAAGAAAUUACUGCCAUUACAGUCAAAAUCGAGGAUGAACAAGCAAUGGUGUACAGGGACCAGAGGCAGAUCAAGGAACUUCAGGCUCGCCUUGAAGAACUCGAGGAAGAAGUUGAACAUGAGCGCCAGGCACGCAGCAAAGCUGAAAAAGCCAAGACCCUCCUUUCACGUGAACUGGGAGAUCUUAGUGAGCGACUGGACGAAGCCGGUGGUGCCACUGCCACGCAGAUUGAGAUCAAUAAGAAGCGAGAGAGUGAACUGGUCAAGGUCCGACGUGACAUCGAAGAAUCCAACCUCCAGCAUGAGGCUGCUCUUGCCACUCUCCGCAAGAAGCAUAAUGAUGCUGUAGCUGAGAUGUCCGAACAAAUCGAUUACCUUAACAAAAUGAAAGCUAGAGCUGAGAAGGACAAAGAUGCCAUGAAACGUGACGCUGAUGACGCCAAGGCUUCCAUGGAUUCCCUCCUUCGUGAUAAGACCGCUGCCGAGAAAACCACCAAACAGCUCCAGCAUCAGUACGGUGAGAUCUGUGCUAAGCUUGAUGAGGUUAACCGCACUUUGAGCGACUAUGAUGCCACCAAGAAAAAGCUUGCCUGUGAGAAUGCUGAUCUUAUUCGUCAGCUGGAGGAGGCUGAGAACCAGGUCAGCCAGCUCUCCAGGGUCAAGCUCUCCCUUACAAAUCAGCUUGACGACACCAGGAAACUCUCUGAAGAAGAAAGCCGGGCUCGUGCCACUCUCCUUGGUAAGUUCCGCAACUUGGAACACGACAUUCAGACUCUUCGUCAACAACUUGAUGAGGAGAAUGACGCUAAGGCAGAUGUACUGCGCAUGCUCUCCAAGGCUAAUGCCGAGGCUCUCAUGUGGCGCUCCAAGUACGAGUCUGAGGGUGUUGCCCGUGUAGAGGAAAUUGAGCUCUCGCAUGAAGCUUGCGCUCGUCUCGAGGAAGCCGAAAUGCAGAUUGAGUCUCUCAAUGUUAAGAACUUGCAUCUGGAGAAGACCAAGAUGCGUGCUGCUGCUGAGCUGGAUGACCUCCAAGUCGCUGCUGAACGUGCACAGACUCUGGCCAACUCCGCUGAGAAGAAACAGAAGAACUUCGAUAAGAUCAUCUCUGAAUGGAAGCUGAAGAUCGACGACCUUGCUGCUGAGUUUGAUGCUUCUCAGAAGGAAUGCCGCAACUACGCCACCGAACACUUCCGUCUUAAGGCUGCCUAUGAUGAAAACAUUGAACAACUUGAUUCUAUCCGUCGUGAGAAUAAGAAUCUCAAUGAUGAAAUUAGGGACUUGAUGGACCAGAUCGGUGAGGGUGGCCGAGCAUACCAUGAGGCUCAGAAGACUGCCAAGCGCCUUGAACUUGAGAAGGAAGAACUUCAGGCUGCUCUUGAGGAGGCUGAGGCUGCUCUUGAACAAGAAGAGAACAAGGUCCUCCGAACACAGCUUGAGCUCAGCCAGGUCAGGCAAGAGAUUGACAGGCGUGUUCAGGAGAAGGAGGAAGAAUUCGACAACACUCGUAAGUGUCACCAAAGAGCCCUUGAUUCCAUGCAAGCUUCUCUUGAGGUUGAAGCCAAGGGUAAGGCCGAGGCUCUUCGCAUGAAGAAGAAGCUUGAGUCCGAUAUCAACGAGCUUGAAAUUGCCCUUGACCACGCUAAUAAGGCCAACUCCGAUCUUCACAAACACUAUAAGAAGAUCCAGGAUGAGAUCAAGAGUAUAGAAUCCCGUGUUAAGGAAGAGCAACGUCUUGCCUCUGAGUACCGUGAACAGUAUGGCAUUGCUGAACGCCGCUACAACGCCCUCUAUGGUGAGCUGCAAGAAUCUCGCACACUUCUGGAACAGUCUGAUCGCGGUCGUCGCCAUGCCGAGACUGAACUCAAUGAUGCACGUGAACAGAUCAACAACUUCACCACCCAGAAUGCUGCUCUCACUGCCUCCAAGAGGAAGCUUGAGGGAGAAAUGCAGACCCUGCAGGCUGACCUUGAGGAGAUGCUCAGUGAAGCAAAGAACUCUGAGGAGAAGGCGAAGAAGGCCAUGUUAGAUGCUGCUCGUCUGGCCGAUGAGCUCCGCUCUGAACAGGAACACGCCAGUAGCCAAGAGAAGAUGCGCAAGGGCUUGGAAGUUACCGUUAAGGAUCUCCAGACCCGUCUCGAGGAGAGUGAGGCUGCUGCCCUGAAGACUGGUAAGAAGGCUGUCAGUGAUCUUGAAGCUCGCAUUCGCGAACUCGAGGCUUCCCUGGACGAUGAGACCCGUCGUCAUGCUGAUGCCCAGAAGAACCUGAGGAAGUGCGAGAGGCGCAUCAAGGAGCUCGCCUUCCAGACCGAUGAGGACAAGAAGAACCACGACAGGAUGCAGGACCUCGUCGAUAAGCUCCAGCAGAAGAUCAAGACCUACAAGCGCCAGAUCGAGGAAGCUGAGGAGAUCGCCGCCCUCAACUUGGCUAAGUUCCGCAAGACUCAGCAGGAACUAGAAGAAUCUGAAGUUACUGUUACUAUUACUCGCAUUUAACCAAGCUUGUUUAUCCAUAAUCAUAUAUCUAGGAUAUGGAUUAAUAAAACUAUGAGACUCA